AAGAAGCCGAAAGAAGAUAAAGCCAUCGCGUAGCACAGCAACCGUUAAGUAGCCGACGCCAAUAUUCGUUUUUGCUUGAUCUUCCCUUGGAUCAUUUUUACUCUUCCACGAUGGAGAAUGGUUUCACUUCUUCUCCUCGAAACGACACGUUUAACCCUGCUGGUCUUCGUGUUCUCGUGGUUGAUGAUGACCCAACUUGGCUUAAAAUCCUUGAAAAGAUGCUCAAAAAGUGUUCUUAUGAAGUAACCACGUGUGGUUUAGCCCGAGAUGCCUUAAGCUUGCUUCGGGAGAGAAAGGACGGUUAUGACAUCGUAAUUAGUGAUGUUAAUAUGCCUGAUAUGGAUGGUUUCAAACUCCUUGAGCAUGUUGGCCUUGAAAUGGACCUUCCUGUUAUCAUGAUGUCUGUUGAUGGAGAGACAAGCCGUGUAAUGAAGGGUGUGCAACAUGGAGCAUGCGAUUAUCUUCUGAAGCCCAUACGAAUGAAAGAACUUAGAAAUAUAUGGCAGCAUGUCCUCAGAAAGAGGAUACAUGAGAUUCGAGACAUUGAGUGUCUUGAAGGGUUUGAAACUAUCCAAAUGUCCAGAAAUAUAUCAGAUCAGUCUGAUGAUGGACACUUGCUUACAGGAGAAGAUCUGACCUCUAUAAAGAAAAGAAAAGAUUUUGAAAACAAGGACGACGACAAAGAUUAUGGGGAUCCCUUGUCAACCAAAAAGGCUAGAGUGGUGUGGUCGGUCGACCUUCACCAAAAGUUUGUGAAAGCUGUAAAUCAGAUUGGAUUUGAUAAAGUUGGUCCUAAAAAAAUUCUGGACUUGAUGAACGUGCCAUGGCUGACAAGAGAAAAUGUUGCAAGCCAUUUGCAGAAGUACCGCCUCUAUUUGAGUAGGCUACAGAAGGAAAAUGAAUUUAAAACUUCUGUUGGUGGGGUAAAGCAUACAGAUUCUGCGCCAAAAGAUUCCAAUGGAAGUUUUGGAAUUCAGAACCCGAUCAGCAUGCAACAAACUGAUAUUUCAAAUGGCAGCUAUGAGUUUUCUUGCAGUAACUCCCUUAUCCAGAAUGUGAGUCCCAAGAGCGUUGAAGGUGACCUUCAGGGGAUUGUUUCAGUGCCUGUAACAGAACCGAAAAGAGCUUUAAGUGUUGAUGUACCUGAUCCCCUUAAGGCCAGGAGUUCGCAAAGGGAUUUUGACUGUUUUGUCCCACCAGAAGCAGAUAUAAGCUUCACAGCUUUUGAUUCUACUAUUCCAACCCAAUUUUCUUGGUGUAAAGUUCCAGAAUCACCAUUCAAGCAUGAAUGCAAACCACUUCAGGAUGGCUUCAGCCAGCUACCUCUGCCUGGCCCUCAGCAUCCCAUACAAAAUGAUCAUAAACAGUCAGUUCCAUCCGUAAGCUCCAAAUCUUCUGUAGCUGACAGGGACAUUGAAAUUAAGCCUUUGGAUGCCACGUGCAGAAGCCAUCAUUCCAAUCAUGCAAGUCCAACAGGAACUAUGAUUGACUCUUUCUCUGGCCAAGCAGAGGUUCCUAUUGCUAGUCAUCAAGCUUUUGAGCCUAUCUCCACCACGGCAUCGAGCAUGAAAAAUCAGGGCUUUAAUCCGAGUUCCAUCUCUAAUUUAGAUUCUGCGCAGAGAAACAUAAACCGGGGAAUUGGGUCAUCUCUAGCAACACUGGAUGAGGACUUAAAAUUGUAUUUGCUUCAAGGUGACUGUUUAGCAAUGAAUCUUGGACUCCAGGAUAUUGAUUUUUCACUAUACGAUGAUCCACUGCUCAUCAAUGAAGUGCCAUUUCACUUGUACGACUCUAGGUUUGACUACGAGCAUCCCUGUGACCCAGCAGAAUAUUCUGUUGUUGAUCAAAGUUUGUUCAUAGCAUGACCUUACUCUGCCGAUCGUAUGUCUGUGAUGCAUAAUGGAUAUUUUGCUAUCUCGUAUUAGGUAAUGAUUCUAUAAAUGGAGUGCUACAACUCUUUAAGAAUAGGGAUCUUAUUUUCGCAUGUAUAAUAUGAGUGAUGACAAUCAUUAAGCAUAAUACUCUUGCUACAUGAA